UAUUGAAGGGUCGGCGUCGUCGUCGUGGUUGUCCUGGGUGCGUCGAAGCCCCUCCCUGUUGUUGUUGCGAGGGGGAGGGGGCCGUAUAGAGAGGGCGAUUCACUAGAGACUACUGCGGCCACGAGGCCUGACUUGGAUCUACUCCACUUGUCGGUUACAGAUUUGAAAUUCUGUCUGCGCAGUUAGUUUUCGUUUUUCGCUAAAUCUCGGCGGUGGAGUUUUGAGGUUUUGGAAUUUUGUGAGGUGAAGAAGAAGGAGGAGAAGAAGAAGAACCGUGUGAGUCCGUAACUAGGAAUCCUUCACUGUCUGGAGAAUAAGCAGCGAUCGUUUGUUAUUACAAUCUGGCGGACCUUGCAAGACGAAGGCUGGGCAUGGGAAGGUCUAGUGGUGGAGCUUUUGAUGGAGCGAUAACAUCUGCCUACGGUUCAAGUGGUAAGGAAGAGCCUUUUGGCCCGAAUGUAAGUGAUCGACCUCGUCGUAGGACAAUGGACGACCCUCCAAGUUAUUAUAAUUCGUAUUGGAAUCGCUCGUACUCCAACAAUCAGAGGUCGUGGAGCACAGAACGAGACCAGCGAAGAGGGGAGGGGACGCCAGCAAAAAGUGGCUUCUUUGUUGUUUUUGCAUUUUUUUCAUUUUUCGUGUCGUUGUGGAUGAUAUUUGGCCUUUAUGGAACUCAAGAGCUGGAGAUGGGUAUGUUCUAUUCGCGGGUGACAAAGGCCAAUUCCUUCUUUGUUAAGGAAAUAAAAGUACAAAAUCUCCGGGACAAAGGCCCAGUUGCUCGUUCGUUUUCAACUCGCCCCGAGCUUGGUUCUUCAUAUCCUGAGAAAAAGACUAUUGACGAUUACGUCAUUGAGAAGAGAUCUCAUAAGCGACACACAUACUGGUUAAAUAAGGGCUCGACUUUGGAGCUAUCAUGCACGUUGCAGGAUCCUUCAAAAGGCAGCUUGAUUGUCGCUAUUGUGAAAGGUGAAGAUGGAUUUCAGGAUUGGAAAGGCGAUCCAGCUAAUCCUACUGCGGCACUGAGGUGGAGACGUAUUUCUGACAAAGGAUCGCUGAGUUUUAAGGUGGAAGAGGACGAUGAUUAUUGCGUAGUGUUCGGCAAUCUUAAUUCUAUUAAGUUAACUAUAUCCAUCGAUCUGCAGUUAAGCUAUGUGGUUUAUUCCACCGAGAAAGCGGAUUCCGUGUGUUCUUCUCAAAUCACAGAUACUUGCCAUUUUCCACUUUCACUUGGGCACACUUCCUAUGUGUUACUAACAUCUCCAAUCGUUGACCUGCAUGGAGUGGAUAUUUGGAAGAUUAAACUGUCGUAUGUACCUCGCUGGAUCACUUAUAUUUUUUGCUGGGGUCUUGUUGCUGCGGGUUUGCUCUUCACCAUGGCUUUUGAAUUUCGACAAAAUGGCUCCCAAGCUACCGUAACUCAAGAAGUUACUCCUCUAGUCUCAGAAGAUGCUGCUCAAUUCCCUGCAGCGUCAGCCCCAGUUGACUACUCAAUGCAAACGGAUGAAAAUAACAGUGGGACCGCAGGCAUACCUGAGAAUCAGCUUUGCACCUUAUGUUUGGAUGCACCGAAGAACAGUUUCUUCGAUCCUUGUGGCCAUAGAUGCACGUGUUACUCAUGUGGACUGAGGAUACAAAGAGGCGACUCAAACAGAUGCCCUAUAUGUCGGCAAACCAUCCGGACUGUGCGGAGAAUUUAUGAUGCUUAGCUUUUGUGGGUUCUUAUCUUUUAUCCAUACCCUGUUUGAUAUGUUCAACUGACCGGUAGCUUGUUAAUAUUUGUAGUUUUGAAGCAAAGCGUGGGGUGGUGAACUGCUUGCCUGUGCAUCCACAUGCUUUUAUUUUUGGGAGUGUGCCAGGCGCAAAUUACACUGCAUGCAAACGAAAGUGUCGACACCGUUCUGGUCUUCUAUCAAGUUGAGAUUUUUUGCCUCCUUUGCAAACACAGCAUUGUCAUGAGAAUUGUCGAUGUUUGCAAAUGCAUAAUGAGAAAGAAAACGAUGUGGUUCAGCAACACAGACCGCCCAA